CAACAUGGCUAUAGCUUAAAAGAAGGUCCCAUAAUUGGCUAUUCGUGCACUUCCUUCUUCCAAAACCCUGGCUGGGUUUCUCUCAGUUCAGUUUCUCAGAACAAAAAAAAAAAAAAAAAAAAAAAAAAAUUUCCCCUUCAUCAGCUGUACUUAGUCCUUAGGAUCAGUUGUUUGAAUUUUAAGUGACGAACCCCAUCUUAGUAGUAGUUCAGAAAGUACGAUCAAAUCAUUAGCCAGAUCUUAUAAAUGGGUGGUAACAAGCAAAGGCGACCUAAAACCCAUCACCACUCUCAUCGAGGACAAUCCAGCCGUACCCGUCAACCUGAUGACUCUUUCAAAGUUGAAGAGUCUUUACCCGGAGAACUCGUGGAAGAAGAGGAACCAACCGGUCCAAAAAUCCAGCUGGCUAUGUGGGAUUUCGGUCAGUGCGAUGCUAAAAGGUGCACUGGACGGAAACUUGCAAGAUUUGGUUUGUUGAAAGAGCUGCGAGUCGGUGCUGGGUUUGGUGGCGUUUGUUUAAGUCCCACCGGAAAACAGUGUAUUUCAAGAGAAGAUAGUAGUUUAAUUGACCGAAGGGGGAUGGCAGUAGUCGAUUGCUCGUGGGCCCGCUUGGAUGAUGUACCUUUCACAAAACUACGCUGUCCUGCUCCUCGUCUUUUACCAUGGUUAGUAGCAGCAAAUCCAGUAAACUAUGGUCGUCCGUGUGAGCUAUCUUGUGUCGAGGCUUUAGCAGCAGGUUUAAUUAUAUGCGGCGAGGAGGAAACUGGAAAUCUAUUGCUGAGCAAGUUCAAGUGGGGUCACGCGUUCUUGUCCCUCAAUAAGGAACUUUUGAAGGCGUACUCGGAAUGUCAAACGAGUGCUGAUAUCAUUUCAGCUCAGAAUGAGUGGAUAUCUGCGCAAACGUCACCUAUUCCACAAGCUCUAACAGCAGAAGACUCUGGAUCCCAUAGUGAAGGUGAAAAUUCUUCUGAUAAUUCUGACGAUGGGCUUCCUCCACUAGAAAAGAAUAUGAAUCACGUUUCCUUGGCGGAUAGCGAUGAGGAGAGUGAAUAGCAUUACUAGUAGUUGUAGUAAGAAAAAUAUGUUUGCUGAAUUUAUACCAUAGCAUUAUCCUCUAUUUAUUCUUCUUGUUCUUUUUCAUCUAAUAAUAGUUGAUUUUGGCGACUAAUGGAUAAUGUUAGAAUGUGGAGAGUGUUCUCCCAAGAUCAUCCUCA